CAAUGGCCGCCGGGCUGCUGGAACAGGGGGAGGACGUUUUCAGGAGGCUCUUCAAGUACUACAAGAGGCGCGUACCCCCGCCGGACUUUUCUGGGGUCCUCGACUUUUCCAGACCUGAGAAGAAUCUUAAAGUUCUGAUUGCUCCCCUUAAUGCAGCCUCUGUCAGCGCUAAAGAUGUCUGUAAAGUGGGACUGCAGCCAGUUAGCAAGUGGAAAGCAUAUACUUUAGCUGGGUAUCCAGGAUUCAUGUUCAUUACGGAUCCCUUUCUUCCUGGAUGGCAGCGUUACUGGGCCAAGCAGUGUUUGAAAACCUACCCUCAGAAACCAAAUGUUUGCAACUUAGACCUGCACAUGUCACCAGAGGAAACUAAGGAUAUAUGGGAGCGGAGCAGAGAACAGCUAAGGCUAAAAUACCCUGGUAAACGAGAGGCUAAAAGCUUGCUCGAGAAGCUGAGAUGGGUUACCUUAGGAUACCAUUACAACUGGGAAACAAAGAGAUAUUCAGCUGAACACUAUACAACAUUUCCUGUAGACCUCGCAUACCUGUCAGAACAGGUUGCAGCAGCUUGCGGUUUCCACCAGUUUAAGGCAGAAGCAGGAAUAUUGAACUAUUAUCAUUUUGACUCUUCACUGGGUAUUCAUGUUGAUGAAUCUGAGAUGGACUACUCCAAACCCCUCUUGUCAUUCAGCUUUGGCCAGUCUGCUGUGUUUCUUCUCGGAGGCCGAAAGAGACAGGAUCCUCCCCAGCCUUUGUUUAUGCACAGCGGAGACAUCAUGAUCAUGUCAGGCAGCAGCCGUCUUCUGUACCAUGCCGUACCCCGGAUUAUCCCCAAUUUGGAAGGAGGGCCACUCCCCAGCUGUUUGGAAGGUACAAGCACUAGUAACAACCAGCAAAGCAACGAAGGUGACUGGGAAAUCUGUGCAAAGUACCUGGAGACCUCCAGGGUAAACAUGACUGUAAGACAAGUGCUGGGAGUUGGACAAAGUUUCCCAGUUGAGUCAGACAGAGAAACAAGAGAAGGCAUCCAGCUAUCCUCUUAUCCUCAAGGCUUCUUCAUGGAGACGAAUUAACAAAAAGUGCUCAGCACGGAUAUGGCAGAGACUCCUUAAUUCUUUUGACUAUUCUUGGAGAUUUUGUAAAUGCAAAGCUGCCUCAGCUCUCUAGUUUACAAAAUUCCUUUUCACAUUUAAGGCCUUAAAAUCUGAUGGGAAAAUGCCAAAGGGUUUUGUCAUACAUUCUCCGUCCACGCAUGUUUUCUGCAAUUGCAACCUUGGCUAAAUUUGUGGGUUUUCCAGCCAUAUUUCUCCAAAAUGGCUGGAAAAUUGUUGUAAUGGUUGCACAUUUAUUUACAAAGAGGAAUUGUGCUGUAACUGAUGGCGACUUUGAUAAAGAGACAUGUAUUUAAAAAAGCCCAAUAGCUAUUACAUGAUCAAAUCUGAUGAGAGCUUCAAUUUUAUACCAUCUGAAUAAUAAAAAGUAUUAAUAUAUGGUUAUUGACUUCUCAGU